UAUUGUCGCGCGCAUGCGCCUUUCUCUGUUGCUAUCCACUUGUUGUAGUUACAGGAAGAUUAACGGCGAUUGCUGGACCUGGCGAUACCAACUAGCUUACUGUUAGCAGCCUCCACAGAAAUUCACGAUGCCAGGGUAAACACUAGAUACUUGGUCCCACGAAGAUUUCUCCGGGCAGAUUGUCCCCCCCUUUGCAGUGAAAAUGCCAGCCGUGAUCCGGGAUAAAGAGGACUCUGAAUCCUCCUCAGAAGACGAGCAAGAAGACCAUCCCUGCAUCUCAUGGGGCAGCCUUAGCAAGACCAUCCCGAUUCUCCUGUUUUUCCCUGAAGCUGUUGUUUCAAAAGAUGGAAGCAUAUCUUCUGUUGGAGAACGAUAUAAUAUGGCCUUCAAGAUUGUGCGCACAGAGAGCCGCCUGGUACGAGAAAUACUCACCAAUCACGGAUUCCAUGAGGUUCACCCAAACAGCAAUGACUUCAACCUCAUGUGGACAGGGUCUCACCUCAAGCCUUACGUACUACGCAGCCUUCAAGACUUCCAGAAGGUCAACCACUUUCCCAGAUCGCACGAACUGACACGCAAAGACCGUCUCUAUAAAAACAUCCAGCGAAUGCAACAGACUCAUGGCUUCAAAAACUUCCACAUUGUUCCUCAGACCUUUGUGCUUCCCGCCGAGUACCAGGAAUUCUGCAAUUGCUUUGCCAAGGACAAGGGCCCGUGGAUAAUUAAACCAGUAGCAUCUUCAAGAGGACGAGGUAUCUACUUGGUUAGCAAUCCAAAUCAGAUUUCCAUGACUGAAAACAUUUUGGUGUCUCGCUAUAUUAAUAACCCGCUACUCAUUGAUGGGUUCAAGUUUGACGUUCGUUUGUACGUGUUGGUAACGUCUUACGAUCCUCUCCUCAUCUAUGUGUAUGAGGAAGGCCUGGCUAGAUUUGCCACAGUUAAGUAUGACAGGACUUCAAAGAACAUCAAGAACACAUUCAUGCACCUCACCAACUACAGCGUGAACAAAAAGAGCAGCGAUUAUGUCAGUUGCGAUGACCCCGAAGUUGAGGAUUAUGGGAACAAAUGGAGUAUGAGUGCAGUGCUGAGGUAUUUGAAGCAGGAGGGGAAGGACACCACAUCACUGAUGAAGCAAGUUGAGGACCUCAUCGUCAAAGCUGUACUGAGCGCUGAGCUACAGAUAGCCACCGCCUGCAAGACAUUUGUUCCUCACAAGACAAACUGCUUUGAACUGUAUGGUUUUGAUGUGCUCAUUGACUCCAACCUCAAACCCUGGUUGUUAGAGGUGAACCUUUCUCCCUCCCUAGCCUGUGAUGCUCCCUUGGAUUUAAAGAUAAAGGCCAGCAUGAUUGCAGACAUGUUUUCACUUGUGGGCUUUGUGUGUCAGGACCCCCUGUCGAGACAGCCUCGCUCUGACCAAAGAACACAGGCCUUGUUGCCUAAUGAUGCCACAACAGCUAAUACACUUGGCUACCUCCACUCGACUACUGCACUAAGAUUUGGCAAAGGACCUGCUGGAGGGAUAUUACUAAAUCAGACAGAUUUCUGCUCCACCUUCUAUUGUAAACUUUUUUCUGCACAUCCAGCCACUACACACAGCAGAGUGCGACAGAGGCCGACGUCAACCAACAUCUCAGAAACCGAGGAUCUUAAGGACAAGCGAGGAGCGAAGCAUGGCCAAGGAGACAGCACUCUGAACCUAACUGUUGAGGAGAUCAGAGUGCUGCGGAGGAUAAAGGAAGAGUAUGAAAGACGAGGAGGUUUCAUUAGGAUCUUCCCCACCGCGGAUACAUGGGAGCUCUAUGGAGGAUAUCUUGAGUCCAAGACAUCAAUGAACUUCGUGUUGGCGAACAGACUUUUCCAUGGAAGGAAUGUGAAUGGGAAUGUGCAGCUGCAGGUGGACGUGGUCCAUGGCUGUCACGUUGUCCAGUAUGAGAGGAAGCUGCUGUCUCUGGAGGCACGAAAGAGGAGACAGCGCCACCUGACUCAUGGCUCUGCUGCAAGGAAGAAAAAAUCGGGGAAGGAAUCCAAGGCCUCCCUGACUGAGAACAGCAGUCAGGAGGGAGAGGAGUGUGCUCAGGAGGAGGUGAAACAAGUUCUUGAGCCAGUUUCACACAAGGCUUUGGUAGCAGAGCAAAGAAAACAAGUGGCCACACCACUGGAGCGAUGCCACAGUAAGGCUCAGUCCAGCUCAGAGGCAGCCGUGCACAAUGCCAGCCCUACAGUCAACCUGCUCAACAUCCUUCAACAGGGCUGGGAACUCAGCAAAAUGCAGGCUCGUAUUGCUUUCUCCUCUUACCUGCAGCGAGUCCAGCAAAGACUGUUAGCAGAAAGCAGAGACAACACCAUCUCAGCUUGGCCCGACAAUGGCAACGAUCAAAUGGAGCUAGUGAUUCGCUUUCUGAGAAAAGCAGCCAGUAACCUUCAACAAGACAUAAAGGUAGUCUUGCCCAGUCGGCAGUUACCACUCCAAGACCGCAGACGCAUCCUGUCCCAUCAGUUAGGGGAGUUUAUCCACUGUUAUAACAAGGAAACUGAACAUAUGGUGAAAAAACAGGAGAUCAGUAAAGAGGAGCGUUGUGUUAAUCCUAAAGUGUUUCAAGAGUACAUCAGUGCAGCCAGUGAAAACGACCUGGAGGAAGUACUGACAUUCUACACGCAGAAAAAUAAAUCGGCCACCGUCUUCCUAGGAACAAAAGUCAGAGGCAUUAAGAAAGAUGUUCGUGAAGCAAAUGCCUCAAGAGAUUCAGGAAACUGUGAUAAUUCUAAAUCUUUGGCCGUGGAAGCGGAUUCAGAGUUGUCGCUCCUAACAGGGAAAGUCAGCUCCGACUCAGACAAUAAGGCCACUGAUGGUCAGCCUUCUUUUUGUUUGCUGACUGAAGACAUACAGGCUGAAGUAAGAAUGGUAAAAACCCAGCCAGAAGUCCAGUCGACUCAACACCGCUCCAGUUUUCCUGUGACCUUGGACUGCGUGCACAAUCAUCUGCAGCACUGCUCUCCUGCAUCCCUGCCUCUUCACUGUCCACCGCCGCCUCCACCUCCUCAGCCACCAUCUUAUGCACAGUCCUUGGCAAAGUCUCACCUCUGCCAUUCUGAGAGUCUUUCUGACCCUCCCGCAUACACCUCUGCCCAUGUGGUCACACAACCUCCAAGGGUCCUGUGGACGGCUGCGCCCACGGGCUCAAACGCAGCGACUACAGGGCCAUCAACACAGGUGCUCAGAAGAAUUCAGUCCUUUACCUCAUCCAUGGCUGGCUCUGCAGCGGCCUCGUCCGUUCCAAGUGCCACACACAUCUAUAGCCAGAAGCUCUCUAGACCCACAUCUGCAGGCCAAGUGAUCAGGAGGAGCACUUCCAGUAAGCUCAAGUCAAACUCAGUGGGAGCUUUCAGGGAGUUGAGCACUCUGACCGCUCAGGCCCAGUCCAACCAGCAGGCCUUCAUCUCAGCCCUGCAGAAACUGGCAGACAAGCAGGUUGCUCACCACUAUGCCAGCUCCAGUCACAUCAACCUGCUGACACAACAUUUGACCAACCUGAACCUGGCGAACAAGAUGCUGAGCAGAGAGAGCUUCACACUGAACCCUAAAGCUGCUACAAUCCAAGGACCAGUGAGAGCUGUUCACCCUGAAACAGAUCUACCGAACAGCACUGGCCACAGGCCGCUAAAGGAAGAGGACUGGCAGAUGCACAAUGACUACAGCCUGGUGAGAGGGGUGACACCCAAGCAGCACUACCAGCCCACCCAAGGGAGCUACCAGCUUCAGUUUGCUAUUCAGCAGUUGCAGCAACAGAGACUUAAGGCUCAUCAUCAAUUUCUGGACCAGACCCGCUGCGGACAUCAGGCUCAAUUUCCAGACCAGACACCACAUAGCCAGGCUCUCACAAAAUCAUCCAGCUGCCCUCCUUCCAGCUUUCACACUCUGCCCAAUCAAAGCCAUGGCCUAAGCCAUGUCCAGACCUGUGUUAGCCCAGCUCUUGCUCCAAAGCCACCCAGCGGUGCCCGAGAGGGACAAGUCAGGAGAACGACUGCAAAGCGUCUCGUCAAGCAGAUGUCCUCAGAGAGUUCAGCCAGUGGAACCGUUGCCAGCAGCAAGCAGGUGGUCUACGAGGCCAUCUGCGGUAAAACAGGUCUUUCUGCAUACCACAAGCUGUUCCAGGAUCAGGAGCCCACUCACAGAUGACACGAAGGCGACCAGAGGCACGUCCUGCCACUCUGCAGGCCUGACAGGUGUCUCUGCAUGUAACUGCAUCUCACAGAGGUUUAUUCUGGGACGGGACAACAGAUAAAAGUAUGCCACACAUCGAACAGGGUCCUAUUAAUUUCUCAAUGAUACAGCCACAGACAUGCAAGAGGAUAGUGUGCCAGGCCAAAAAUGCCCGGCUUUGACGCAGGUCGGGAUUUUGUUGCGCAGCUCCACCCCCUCCCUCAUCGCCCUUGGCUACAAUCAGUCCGUAUCCCACAGUGCCCGCCCUCAUUCUCUCCAUGCUGUUGAUGCCACAGGAAGAUUUCACUGACAGAUAGCCUUCAGCAGAUGGUUCUUCAAGCCCUGUUGGUAUUUUAACUACAGGAUUCGUUGUUUUAUUCUGUGCUCAGGCAGUAGCAUGUCCACCACAACCAUGCGUGCACAUUUUUCUUCUUUUCUCUUUUUCUUUUCUUUUUUUAAACACAGGUGAUAUGCGGGUUUUGGUAAUGAGAGACCUCUGUUAGGUUUUUGACAAGCAUUGUUCAGCCUGCAUGAGCAACUUCUCAUUUUACAGUCAUGAAUGAUAAGUGUGCAGAGAAGUUCUUUUCAUGUGUGGCUUUCCAGCGUUAGACACUCCUGACUCCCACUCCUCGCUGGAAGCCACACAGUUGCCAAAUCGGACUCCUCUGCCUUUUCGCCCUGAGGACAUGUUAAGCAUAGCACCCUUUUUCUUGUGGGCCUGAUAAUAAAAUGUGAUUGUAUUAAUGUUGUUCCCUUGUUUGUAUCUGCAAAGAUGACCCAACAGGGAUGUUCAGGUUUCAUGUAAAGAAUGCAGUCGGCUUAUUCCUGUAAACUGAUGCUGAUAUUGUUUUUCUGGAUGGACCAAAUUCAUUAUUUUUGAUUAAAAAAUAAAUAAAUUAUUGUCAUUACAUCAGUAUUUAUUUACUGUACAUUGUCCAGCGUAACCUUUUUGGCCCAUUUCUGUAGCUCAAAGCCUAAAAUAAAAAGGAAAAGAUCUAUAAUGAAGGUCGAUGCUGCACCAGGAGACCAGUAUCCUCACAGAUAUUCUGUGGCUUGGGACCAUAUAGUGAGUUCACUCAGGGGUGUGUUUAUUUAAAAAAAGAAGAUGUGAGGUAGUGGUCAGCAGUUUUACCAUGUGUUUAUAAUAACUUUGUCUGAAAUACUUGAAUUUUGUGCAUGAUUUUCUCACAUCAGCUGAUGACUAUCACCUGGGUGAGUGUGCACAGAUUGUAGUUUUCAAUGCAGUACAACAGGUCAACUGUUUUAACAUGUAACUUGACGGUGAAUGUUUUUGUAACAUGUGCUCUUUGACGUCAUGUUGUGAAGUCCUACCUAUUAAAGCCAGAACUCCCAAAAGCAAGAUCCAAAUCAGUGUGUGUAACGUAAUGUGGUGACAGCGUUGUUUACAAUGUAAAGAAAAGAAAACUGAGACGAAAAACAACUCCUUUCCUCUGAUAGUAAAUAUUUAUGUUUUAUUAACAGUAAUUUGCUCAUACAGGUGUCCCCUCUUGGAUUUUCCCUUUAUAGCUAAUGUCUCUCCUAUUCAAUUCCCAUAUUAAGAAAAAUACAAAGAGGCCACUAGGAUGAGUCAAUCACUGUAUGGGAUGUGAGUUUUUGAGACAUGCUUAGAAAACAUAAACAUUUACUACAGGUGUUUUUUCUUUGUUUAUUUUCCAUAUGGGCUGUACCAUGUUAUAAUCUCUUUGACUGUUUACAAUAUGCAUGGAAAUGUAGUAUUUUUGGGACCAGUGAGGCUGUUUGUAGCAAACAAAAUUGAAAUGAAUUCUUGGAAAGCAUUAAAAAACACGACGACUGUGACUCUAA